CUUUUUGCUAGAGUCUAUUCUCUAUAUACUGCACAACACGUUUAUGAGACUUUCGGUCAAGAAUGAUCACCAAAUAUCGUCCAAUCACUGUAAUCACUGAACUUCAGGUUCCCCAGGGGCUGGAGCUUGAUGCCGAACAGUGGGCUGGCUGUUUUCAACCAUUGGUGCACGCAGAAGGUCACAGGGGGACAUUCUGGGGAAGGUCACAAAAGGAGCCCGGGGUAGUACUUCUGGUAACAUUAUGGGGACAUCCCGACGAACUUAGAGAUUUCCAAAAUUCGCCUUGUGCCCAGUUAUUUAGGGAGUCUCUUCUGGCAGCUAACGCCAUACAACUUUCCUAUCACGAGGCUCUCAUGGACGAAUAUUGGUUCCCAUCUCUAGAAAGGGCAUUUGUUCAGUUUUAUUGGGUCUACCUUCCCGCAGCAAUGACCCCUGAGCAAGAGACUCGGCUUAGCGAAUUCCAUGGCCUUAAAACACCAGCUCUCGGACCUAGUAUUCCAGCAAGCCGGUCGCGUUCGACCCGCCUUCCGAAAAAGAUAUGGGCCACCCAGACAGAAUUGUGGCGUGGUCAAGAAGCCCGACUAAUGCUUUGGGCGCACUUCUGGCGAGAUGAAAAGGCGGCCGAUUUCAGGUUCCUGGAAGAAGACCUCGUAACACAUCAGAAUAAAACCGAAGUACUUUUUGAGGUUCUUGUUGAAGCCGGUGCGUUAGAAUGGAGGGAGGAUUUCUAUCAAUUUCACGAGGUGCCUCGUCUGCGAACGCUAUGAGGUUAUUGUGUUUCAGGCUCUUGUUCUUGUGAUAUCGACAGCGUACUCAGAGAGCUCAUAGCAAUCUGGGAGAUAUUUGAUUCUUUUGUUUCGGUAUUCCUUCUUUGUUUCUAUUUAUGCUUGCACCUGCAUUGCCUCACAAUCCCGUCCCAUCAUGCGAUCAAUUCGGCAACGCCUGUAUGAAAGCUCCAUCUUCUAUUCGGUUUCGCCGCGGUUCCCCACCGCGUCUGCUGGAAAUACCAGUAACCCACGCUGAAGAAGAGAUAUGUCUCUGGGUUUUCGCGAAUGAGGCUCACAUAGUCUUUAGUCUGGCCUUCAACUGCCUGAUGGGGAUCCUUCAUGAGCUUUUUCUGCUGUAUACUGAAUGGAUCUUGGACAGUCGUUAGUCGGAGAUAGUUUCAGGUGUCUGUUAGUUCUGCAGG